GCAGAUGUAAGCGAUGUAAACAAACAAGUGUCAAUGAUCCGUAACUUAUAGCUGAAUUCUACUGAUUUACACAUUUAUCAUUGGAUAUUUUUUGGGAAAUCAGCACUUCAAUAUGGAUCUUACCACGUUUUCCCAAGAAAGCUUUGAGCCAAAGGAAUGGAUUAACAAUAUCUUCCGAAGCCCAGAAGCGCAUCAAAAUAGAGAUCAUUAUGCAUCAUCUCAAGUCCUAAGACUUCAACUUGCAAUUCAAGAAGUGAAUAAUGCUUUAGAGGAAACCAGCCAACAGGUGAUGGCCAGCCUGCCAAGGGUACUGAGAGACAUAGAAUCUCUGGGUCAUGAGGUGGCUGUGCUCAAGAACCAGAUGAAGAGUGUGAGGCAAGACAUUGAAAAGGUUGAGCACAACACAGCUGCCAGCAUGCAGACCCUUGUCAAGCUGGAUUCCUUGAAGGGAAGAUUAGUGGCUUCCUCCCAGGCUCUCCGUGAGGCUGAUAAUUGGACCACACUUUCCACGGAUAUUGAGGAGGUAAUGGACAGUGGAGAUAUUGAUGCCAUUGCCAGCAAGUUAGUAGCCCUCCAGAAUUGCCUGGGGAUUUUGACCCAUGUGCCUGACUAUGAAGAUCGCGUGGCACACCUUGAAGGUUUGAAGGUCAGACUGGAAGCGCUGGCCAGCCCACACAUUGUAGCUGCAUUUACACAACAUAAUCUAGAUGAAUCUGUGAAAUAUGCAAGACUUCUACGAUCACUAGGGCGAGUUGAUCAGCUGGAAAGUUACUAUCACAAGUGCGAGAUUGGUCAGCUGGGCACUGCUUGGCGGAAUGGAGUUGAGGGGUCCCAGUUAAGUGGCCCAGCACUGUGGCUGACUUCCUUCUAUGAUAAACUCUCUCUGCUUAUUUCAAACCAGUUGCGUUGGUGUGGGCAAGUCUUUGAAGGAUCUGAUGCCAAUCUUUUGCUUUCUCAACUGGCUGCUUCUACCCUAUCAUCGCUUGAUCCUCCCAUCAGCCAAGUUAUUGCAGCUUCAACCAAGCAACAGGAACCCUGGCUUCUUAUAUCUGUUAAAAGUUCAGGAGAUCAAUUUUUAAGAGAUUUUGAAUCUUCAGUUGGUAUGGCAAAACCAGGCCAAGAGGUGUUAUACCAGUCUCAAAGGGCAGUCGUGCAGGCUAUCUACAGCCCAUUACAAGAACAAGUAUUGAAAUAUCAAGAAUAUGAAGAGGCUCUUCUACUGUCACAUCUCAUCUCUGCUGAUAUUGUAAAGAAUGACAUGGCGGAAACCUUACGAAGGUUGAGGGAAUAUUGCAGUAAACUUUCAAGUCAAGCUGAGGUAGCAGCAGACAGAUGUUUGCAGCUGACGAAUGGAUGGACUUUCCCAAGCUUGGUUUUUGCAUUAGCAACUUACAUUGAGCAGUUUACAAGUCGAUUAGCCCAAACAGUCAGGCAUGUAGAGAAACAAAAAACCUCCAUAGAAGAUGACUGGAAUGUAUUUACAACAUGUCUGAAUCUUAUACAGGCGGCAGGUGAGCUGGUAAUGGCGGUUGAUAACAUGGAACACUCCUUGGCCACAAUGUUCACUAAUGCUGCAGCAAAGUUUAUGUGGGAGCCUGCUACACCCUUUACUGCAACUCCAGAUCUCCUACUUUUGAAACAAGGAGUUGAUAGCUUGAAGCAGUUAGUUGUUAUGUUGAAUUCAGACGAAGAUGGUCGACUCCUGGAGAACAGUAUGACACAGUCUCAGGCACAGUGUCAGAGUACAGUGGAGGUGGCUCUCCAUACCAUCAUGAACCCAGUGUCAUCUCAGCUGGCCUCCUUGCCAGACCUACCGGCGUGGAAUUCACGUCAGGGAACUACAUCACAUCUCUCACUGUCUUUUUCACCACAGGAGUAUGUUACACAGAUAGGACAGUACCUGAUGACACUACCACAGCAUCUGGAGCCAUUGCUGGUGAAUCAUAGCCCAGCUCUGAACCGUGCUUUGCAGGAGGCUAAUACAACAUGUAGCACUGGGCCAUCCGGAAGGGUUGUAAGUGAGAGUGAGGUGAGUGCGGCUGAUUUUCUCAUCAACAGUGUUGGACAGAACACUUGUAAGCUCUAUACAGAUGCCAUUUUGAAGAUCCCAGAGAUAACUACAUCCAUGAUCACACAGCUCACUACAGAUAUUGACUAUAUCUGCAACAUCUUGGAGGACCUGGGCGUCACCUCUUGUGAUCCACUAGACAAGCUCAACCUCCUUCUCAAAGCACCAGUGGAACAGUAUUGGAAGAUUGCUCCUGGAAAUAACCCACGUCUCAUUGCUGCAGUUCGACAAAUGCGAAACAUUCCUGUACAGUCAUAAUAAUAUAUCUUUUUUAAUUGUUAAUAUUAUCUUUGAGGGUUGGUGCAUUUUUGGAUGUUUGGAUUAUUUUAUUAAUAGAGCAGAAUAUAUAUAUAUUUGAUUGGUUGUUUGAUUUUCUGUCAUAUGUAUUUGUGAGUAAUGAUAGCAAAAGUUACUAAAUACUGUUAUGUAAAAGAAUUUAAGUUUAAAUUAUUGGCUUGAUAUAAAGCAAAAGGUAUAAUUUGAAUCAGUGAAUAUUCACAAUAAUGUUUGCAUAUUUGUGAAUAGAUUUUUACUCAACAUUCACUGAUAGAGUUGCCUUUAAAUUGUUUAUACUGGUAUGAAAUAUAAUUGUUUUAUUAUGAAUAACUGUUAUGCUUCAGCUUCCAUGAAUAUUUGGUGCCUUUGUACAAGAUAGUGAACAUUAAAACAUGUUCAUUUAUUUGUUUAUUUGAAUAAAUGAUUUGAUGUUU